AUGUCCUGCCAGCAGAGCCAGCAGAAGGCCCAGACCCCCGCCAAGUGCCCCUCUCCCAAGUGCCACCCGAAGAGCCCGGCACAGUGCUCCCCUGCUGCCCCCUCAGGAUGUGCCCUGCCCUCCGGGGGCUGCCAUGGUCCCAGCUCUGAGGGGGGCUGUUGCCUGAGCCCCCACAGGCGCCGCAGGUCCCACAGAUGCAGGCGCCGCAGCUCCAGCUCCUGUGAGAGGCCCAGUGACCAGCUGUCUGGGGGCUCUGGCUGUGGCCAGGGCUCUGGGGGGUGCUGCUGA